UAAUCAGUUUCUUGAACGUAGAACCAUUUAACUGAACAUAUUUGUUUAAACUUUAACUUUAUCAGCGUACCAGGAAGUAUUGAAUUGUUUUGAUUACGCAAAGGAACCAGUAUUUAAAAUGCAAAAUGGCCGACUGUUUAAAAAGUAAGCCAGACGCCGAUAGCUUAAAAUGUGGAAUUUGCCUGUCUGCUUUUACCAAACCUAUUCUAUUGGACUGCUUUCAUAUAUUUUGUACACCAUGUAUAACAAAAUUAGCUGAAGGUAAAGACUCGUUGACUUGUCCUGUAUGUAGAGCUGUUCACUUAAUUCCAUCAAAUGGAGUCGAAGAAUUUACGGUAUAUCCAUACAUGCAAGAGCAAAUUUUGUCUGAAGCGAAAGUAGUCAUACAGUGUCAAAUGUGUGAUAACGGAAAAGAUAUCGUAUCAAAAUGUGUCGAUUGCGACAGUAACAUGUGCUUUGAGUGUUCCACAUUUCAUUCAAGGCACAAAAAAUUUAAAACUCACGUGACUGAAAAGAUCGAAAGUACAAAUAUCGAAACGUCAGAAAAAAGUAUACUUGGUGAAGACGUGUGUGAUUUGCAUAAAAGAGAAAUCACGCUCUUUUGUGAAUCCUGCAAUUGCGCGAUAUGCGAUGAAUGUGAAACACAAAAUCAUAAAUCUCACAAACAUUGUCGAAUUACAUUUCAAGCUCAAAAAAGGAGGGACUUCUUACGAUUGGGAAUCGGUGCUUUAAAAUCUAAAAUAACGGAGAUAGAUGGCACAAUUGAAAUGUCAAAAUAUGAAGAAAAUAGUUAUUAUAAGUUUUGUAGACAAGGAAAAGAAGAAAUUCAAGCACAUGCAAAAAGAUCAAAAGACAUUGUCUGCAACAUUAUCGACGUUUUGGCAAGUUUAAAUUUACAAAAAAUUGACGAAAUACAGAAAAGGGAUAUUAAAUCAAUAACUAACUUCCAAGAUGAACUUGAAACAAAGAAGCUGUCAUUACAGUGCAUCCUCAGAAGCACGGAUGAUGUAGUCAAUUUAAGUCGGGAUGGAAUGCUUUUUAACAAGUAUACAUUUCUUUACCAAACGUUGCGAAAUGAAGUACUUCAUAGCUGCAAAUCACCCGAGGUGUUUGCACCACAGUUCUGCUCUGGGAAUCCAAUUGAACACAAAUACGUUGAAAAGUGUUUUGGAAUGGUACAAAGAAGAAAAAGUCCUAGUAAGUCUAGUUCAUCAGAGUUUCAUAUUUACUCUCUCCCGUUAAUAUGCGACGCACUUGAAAUGACAAAAAUUAACUCUUUCACUGUGUCUACUCCACGAAGUUUGGUCGGCUUCUACGAUAACCAGACGUGGAUACAAUUGCCGAACAUAAUAAAUUUGUAUUCCUCAGAUGGUAAAGUAAUCCAAAAUCAGAAAACUAUGUCUGAUGACCAACAAAUAGUAUUGGCUACUGUAAAUGAACUUUGGGUCAAGUCUAAGGUGUUGAUCAAGAAAAUAAAAAUUGGAACAAGCGAAGAAGCAGAGGAUAUAAUAAAGUUUCCCGAGUUUGAGAGCUCUACAUGUUGUAUUCUUAAAAACAAUUGCGUCAUCGCAUAUUCAGUGAAAAACAAAUGCUUUUAUGAAGUGCAACUAGAUGGCGAUAUGUCUGUGAUCAAAAUCGAAACACCAAUGAAGACCAUCCCUGUUGAGAAUAACCUUGCUGAUUUAAUAACAAUUCAACCUCCAAGAAUAAUCGAAACCGCGUCGAAGCACAUCAUACUGACAAGCAAAGAUAAAGUUAUAACGCUUGAUAGAAAUUUUAAGAUCUGCAAUGUUCACGAAGAAAAGAAUUCAACAUUUACGGGCAUAUGUGAAGAUGCAUAUGGCAAUGUAUUUGUAACCGAUUAUUCAGCUAAUAGAAUUUGUCUUUUUACCUCUUAUGGUGACUUCGCACGUACUGUUCUGACGAAAGAUAUAUCAAAUCCAACGCACAUUACUCAAGAUAAUGUUGGUAAUUUAUGGUUUUUGGAUAAUCCAAAUCGUGUCCAAAUAUACUCUUACAUUUAACAUUAAGAUGUAGCAAACAAUCGAAACGUGUGUUUGUGCUUCGGCUUAUAUAAUAUCAGAUACAAGAUAUGGUUAUAAACUUUGCAUUUUUGAUCCUGUAUCAAAUCAUUACCUAUAAAUACAUGCAUAUAUGUACUAAAGAAUCAAAGACAUGGACACAAAUUUUUCAAACGAAACUAUCUUCAAAAUAUCACUCAAACCUUAACUCCAAAAAAUAAUAGAAAUCCAUUUGUUUGUAUUUAAAAGAAGUUCCUCCAAAAAAGUAACCACUAUGCAGUUUCACCAAAUCUCUGUCCGUUAUAGAUAAAAAAUAUAUCUGUUUAUUAUAUUUAUAGAAAAAUCUAAUCAAUAUUAUGACUAUUUGUAAUAUGAUAAUACUACGGUACGUUAAAUGAAUGUAUCAAUUGAUAUUAUGAUUUACUAUAAACCAAAAUGUUAUGUUUGUACAAUUAUUUUGUAUAAUAGUAUUGGAUCACGCCUCUCUUGUGAUUUUUCAAAUACAAUAUUGAAUUACAUUGAAUCUAUUCAGUUGAAUAUAUCCAAGGUUAAGUUUUUCAGGAUGAGCUAUAUGUACCUACAGAAAAAUGUAAAAUAGCAAAAAUACCGAACUCCAAGGAAAACUAAAAAUGGAAAGUUCUUUAUCAAAUGUCAAAAUCAAAAGCUCAAAUAGAGGGGGCUUUAGACGAAUCUUUCUCCAUUAUAGUUAAAAAAAAUUAAUUGGACUAAAUUUCAAAUCAAUAAAUAAUGUAAUUCUAGUUUGCACCUUAGACGCUUUGAGCUGAUCAAUAUAUUUUCAAAGAAACACGGGUCGUGCAUGUUGCAUAAGUCCUUGUUAAGGCAAUCAUUGGAAUUCAAUAUACACAACUCAAAAUCACCAUAUAACUUUCAUUUUAACUCUAACCUUCAAAUUACAAUAUUAUUUCUUUUUUACAAAAAUACAACUCCGUUUCUCCGUUGAAUAGAUAUCACGUGAAAUAAAUUAUAUAAUAAGAUAUAAUUAACGGAGUUAUGAGUAUAAUGAACGGAUCUUUAAAUUACAUAAUGAUAAGUAUGGAGCAUAUUUAACAUAGUAAAGAUGAAAUGAAUAUAAAUCGCGGUUCGAGACAGUGCAUGCUUAAAUUGGAAGCAUACGUCUAUUUAUGGAGCUAUGUGGUGUCUGUUGCAGAUACUCGACUUGGCAUCAUUUUCUCAUUAAAGUCUUCAGCUUUAGUAUUCAUGAUUAUGUAUGUUCAUUUACUCUUCAUUGCAGGGUUCAUAAUAUUUGGUAUAUCUAUAUGUUGCGAGGAGACUUUGGUAAUAUUAAAAUUGUCAAAAUGAGUUUGUUACUCGCAUACUACAUCUAAUAGAUCAACUGUAUCUGGAUGAUUUAUGAGAAGUUUUAGUCCGUCGAAAUGUCACACAACAAUUACUGCACUUUCACGACCACGCGAUAACUUAGGUACUUUAAUUGGAAAUGUAUUGCCGAAUGAAUAAAUGAUAGGCUGAAAAGUUGUGAAUCAGUUUCAUGUAUGAGAACCUCCAUUUAAUAAGUGAAGUAAUCUCAAUUUAGGAGUUAUUGUUCUUUUUAAAAAAUGUGUUUUCUUGUUUUUAUGCUUAUCCAUGAAGAUGUGGUAUGAGUGCCAAUGAGACAACUCUCGUAUGUAUUUGUCAUGUAAUACGCUCAUUUCGUUUUAAUUCUGUUUUUCUUAUUCUUAUGCUUAUCCAUGAAUAUGUUUGUAUUUGUCAUUUUUAUAUUCACAUUUUGUUUGACGCAAAGUGACAGGCAUCGCUAGACAUUUGUCUAGAGCAAAUAUUAACUAACACUACUAACAGAUUUCACGAAGCCUCAUCUAAAAUCAAAGGAUUUGGAAGUGGUCAGCAGGUGUUUAAAAUUGUUAGAUAAUCAGAAGAAAUAACCAUCUUACAUGAAUGAGUUAGUAUAUUACGUCUAUAGCCAUCCCUGAUGAAAGAUGUAAGAAUUUUCAAUUCAAAUAUAUAUAAUUUAAAUGUUUUGUUUACGUGGUUAAAUACAUCGGAUGUGCAUUAAAGAAAUGGAGUUAAUUAACAAAUUAUGACUACUAUAUGUACCACCUUUGAUAAGUAUUUAGAAUGACGAUAAAUUUUCACUUCUGUAUUCGUAUUGUGAACAACAAAUAUUUAUUUUGUAAAAAAAAUUUCCGUAAUCCUAACGACAAAAUUAUUAUAUUAAAAUUUACAGUACGUUAUUUAACGCCAUUUUGUCCCAGGUUAAAGUUGUCUUCUUGACAUUGUUCUACAUCUUUUUUUAUUAAUAUUUUAUUUAUAUUGUGUCAUAGAUCAAACGUUUUCGUUCAAUGUAUGUUUAUUUGUUUUUGCUUAUAUGUCUUUUGAUCGAGUAAAGCCACUUCAAUUGAUA